CCUUUUAAUUAGCGGAAUUAAAUCGCCGGGGGAAAAAAAAUAAAAAAGAGAGGAGGCGGUGGAGGCUGCGGCAGAGUAACAGACUCGGCGCCUCCCUCCUCUCGCUGUGGAUCUGCGGCGGCGAGCCGGCGGCGAAGCAAGCAGCGCGGCGCGGAUCCUCGGGCGGCGAGGUUGUUCGCACAAUCUCGCUCAUCCGUCGCGGCGAUUCCAUGAGAGGUUGAGAGCUUUGCACUGAAGAAGUGGGGGAUAUUCUGAUCUGCUCAGCUAAAGGGGGUUGCAGCUAAACAUGGCGGCGGCAUUAGCAUGGCGGUUCAAUGGAACCAAUGGAGGCGCAGAUCUGGAACACAAAGUUCAAGAGUCAGAGCCACCAACUCCUGUCUCAGUGAUGAGAAUGGUCAAGAACCGUGCCAAUGUGGAGGAUGAGGAGACACUUUCAAGUGUUGCUCAAUGUAUUGAGCAGUUAAGGCAAGGUUCUUCAUCCACCCAAGAGAAAGAGAACUCCCUGAAGCAGUUAUUGGAUCUUCUUGAAACAAGAGACACCACAUUUGGAGCUGUUGGAUCACAUGCACAGGCUGUCCCUAUACUUGUUUCUCUCCUUAGAUCUGGUUCAUCUGGUGUUAAGAUGCUGGCUGCUACUGUCCUGGGGUCUCUUUGCAAGGAAGAGGAGCUAAGGGUGAAGGUUCUGCUUGGUGGUUGCAUCCCUCCCUUGCUUGCUCUUCUCAGGUCCAAGUCAGCUGAAAGCCAAACUGCAGCUGCCAAAACUAUUUAUGCUGUUUCUCAAGGUGGUAUAAGAGACCAUGUUGGAUCAAAGAUUUUCUCAACAGAAAAUGUUGUUCCUGUACUGUGGGAGCAGCUCAAAGUUAGCCUCAAGAAUGAGAGUUUAGUGGAUGGCCUGCUAACUGGAGCAUUGAAGAAUUUAUCAAAAAACACUGAUGGGUUUUGGUCAGCUACUGUGCAAUGUGGUGGAGUUGAUAUACUUAUAAAGCUGGUUGCUUCUGGACAAGCAAAUACCCUAGCAAAUGCAUGCAAUCUUCUUGGGGCUUUGAUGAUGGAAGACUCAUCUGUUUGUUCUAAAGUUCUAUCGGGAGAAACAACAAAACAACUCCUAAAGUUACUUGGUCCUGGUAAUGAAACUUACAUUAGAGCUGAAGCUGCUGGUGCUCUCAAAUCCCUUUCUGCACAGAGUAAAGAAGCCCGGCGCCAGAUAGCUAAUUCUAAUGGAAUUCCUGCUCUUAUAAAUGCUACUAUUGCUCCAUCAAAAGAGUUCAUGCAAGGUGAAUCUGCUCAGGCAUUGCAAGAAAAUGCUAUGUGUGCAUUGGCAAAUAUAUCUGGUGGUUUAUCUUAUGUAAUAUCAAGCCUUGGUGAAAGUCUAGAAUCAUGCUCUUCACCUGCACAGAUUGCUGACACUGUUGGUGCAUUAGCCUCAGCCUUGAUGAUAUAUGACACUAAUUCAGAAUCUAUCAGUGCUUCAGACCCCCUAGUCGUUGAGAAAACACUGAUGAAACAAUUUAAGCCUAAGGCACCAUUCCUUGUACAGGAACGUGUGAUUGAAGCUUUGGCCAGCUUGUACAGUAAUCCAGUUCUCUGCAGGACACUUGCAGAUUCUGAUGCAAAACGCUUGCUUGUUGGUUUGAUAACCAUGGCAGGUACUGAGGUUCAAGAUGACCUCACCAAAUCACUUUUUGCUCUCUGCAAGAAGGAUUGUGAUCUAUGGCAAGCUCUGCAAGGUCGUGAAGGUGUUCAGCUCUUGAUUUCUUUACUUGGUCUUUCCUCAGAACAGCAGCAGGAAUGUGCUGUUGCUUUGCUUGCGCUUCUGUCAAAGGAGAAUGAUGAGAGCAAAUGGGCUAUCACAGCUGCUGGUGGCAUUCCUCCUCUUGUUCAGAUUUUAGAAACUGGGUCUCCCAAAGCUAAAGAAGAUUCAGCAACCAUCCUUGGCAAUUUGUGCAACCACAGUGAAGACAUACGGGCAUGUGUUGAAAGUGCUGAUGCUGUGCCUGCUUUACUAUGGCUUCUGAAAAAUGGAAGUGACAAUGGAAAGGAGAUAGCAUCUAAAACACUGAAUCAUCUCAUUCACAAAUCAGAUACAGGAACUAUUAGUCAGUUGUCUGCUCUUUUAACUAGUGAACAACCUGAAUCAAAAGUUUAUGUUCUGGAUGCUUUGAAAAGCUUGCUUUCUGUGGCACCCCUUAAUGAUAUUCUGCAUGAAGGAAGUGCUGCAAAUGAUGCAGUUGAGACUAUGAUCAAAAUUCUCAACUCACCUAAAGAAGAAACUCAGGCUAAAUCAGCAUCUGCUCUUGCUGGACUGUUUCAUUGUCGCAAGGACUUGCGAGAAACUCAUAUUGCAGUGAAGACACUUUGGUCAGUCAUGAAGCUGAUUGAUGUGCAGACAGAUAAAAUACUAAUGGCGGCCUCAUCCUGCCUUGCUGCCAUUUUUCUGUCAAUCAAGCAAAAUAAGGAUGUUGCUGCAAUUGGGCGGGAUGCAUUAGCUCCACUUGUCUCACUUGCAAAUUCUACAGUUCUAGAAGUAGCAGAACAAGCGACCAGAGCUUUGGCAAACCUUUUUCUUGAUCAUGAAUUAUCUCUGCAAGUAUCUUUUGAAGAAAUUAUCUUCCCCAUAACACAUGUGCUUAGAGAGGGAUCUAUUGAUGGAAGAACUCAUGCAGCAGCAGCAAUAGCUCGCCUUUUACAGUGCCGGCCAAUUAACCAACCUCUUUCAGAUACUAUUAACCGAUCAGGUGCUGUCCUUGCUCUAGCUGGGCUUUUGGAAGCUGCUAAUGGUGAAGCUGCUGCAACAUCAGAAGUUGUUGAUGCGCUGGUGCUAUUAUCAAAACCAAAGGUGUCAAGUGGGCAUACCAAAGCUCCAUGGACAGUUCUUGCAGAAAAUCCCCACACCAUACUUCCUCUUGUGUCAUGUGUAGCGGAUGCAGCACCUUCAUUGCAAGACAAGGCCAUAGAAGUUUUAUCGAGGCUCUGUUCUGAUCAACAUGAUAUUGUGGGUGGUUUGGUUUCAGAAAUCCCAGGCUGCAUAUCAUCAGUUGCACGGCGAGUCAUUGGGUCCAACAUGCUUAAAGUUAAAGUUGGUGGAUGUGCUCUUCUUGUUUGCGCAGCGAAAGAGCAUUGUCAGAAGCAGAUAGAGAUUCUCAGUGACUCAAGCUUGUACAUUCAACUAAUCCAUUCUCUAGUCAGUAUGAUUCAUAUGACAAACUUGCCUUCUGAAAAUGGGAGUGGUGAAAACAUAUCAGACAUUAAAAUUUCUAGACACUCCAAAGAAAAUAACAACAGCGAUGAAACUGUGUGCCGCACUGCUGUAAUCUCAGGUAACAUGAUUCCGCUAUGGCUGCUUGCUGUUUUUGCACGCCAUGACAGCAAAACAAGGGCUGAAAUUCUAGAAGCUGGAGCAGUCGAAAUGCUUAUGGAGAAGAUUUCUCAAAAUGCAUUCCUAUAUGUGGGUGAAGAAGAUAGCACCGCAUGGGUCUGUGCCUUACUUCUUGCUUUGCUAUUUCAAGAAAGAGAGAUAAAUCGAUCUAAUGCAGCAUUGCACUCAAUUCCUGUGCUCUCAAACUUGUUGAGGUCAGAUGAACAAGCAUACAGGUACUUUGCUGCACAAGCUUUGGCAAGUCUGGUUUGCAACGGUAGCAGAGGAACUCUUCUUGCUGUUGCUAAUUCUGGGGCGGCCACUGGACUUAUUUCUUUGCUUGGAUGUGCUGAGGUUGAUAUAGCUGAUCUUUUGGAAUUAUCAGAGGAGUUCAUGUUGGUUCCUAAUCCUGAUCAAAUUACACUGGAAAGGCUUUUUAGAGUUGAUGAUAUCAGGGUUGGCGCAACUUCCAGAAAAUCUAUUCCUCUUCUUGUUGACCUACUCAAACCCAUUCCAGAAAGACCUGGUGCUCCUUUCUUGGCGUUGGGUCUUCUGACACAAUUAGCUAUUGAUUGCCCCCCAAACAUGAUGCUAAUGGCUGAAGCUGGAAUCCUAGAGGCACUUACCAAAUACUUGUCACUUAGCCCACAAGAUGCAACAGAAGAAGCUACAACUGAUUUGUUAGGCAUUCUUUUUAGUUGCGCAGAAAUAAGGCACAAUGAAGCAGCACUUGGUACUGUUAACCAACUUGUGGCAGUCCUUCGUCUAGGAGGAAGAAAUUCACGCUACAGUGCUGCGAAGGCAUUAGAGAGCUUAUUUAUUGCAGACCAUGUCAGGAACAGUGAGUCAGCUCGCCAGGCUAUUCAACCACUUGUAGAAAUUCUGAGUACUGGCAUGGAGAGGGAGCAGCAUGCAGCUACAUCAGCACUUGUUAGGCUGCUUUCUGACAAUCCAUCAAGAGCACUUACGGUUGCAGAUGUUGAGAUGAAUGCAGUGGAUGUCCUGUGCCGGAUUCUUUCUUCGGAUUCUUCAGCUGAGUUGAAAGGAGAUGCUGCUGAACUAUGCUGUGUGCUAUUUGCAAAUACAAGGAUCCGCUCUACAUCAGCUGCAGCCCGGUGUGUGGAGCCUUUGGUUGCUUUACUCGUUUGUGAAGCUAACCCAGCCCAGCUUUCUGUAGUCCGUGCACUGGACAGGCUUCUAGAUGAUGAGCAACUAGCAGAAUUAGUUGCGGCCCAUGGGGCAGUCAUUCCUCUUGUUGGCCUUUUGUUUGGCAAAAACUACACGCUCCAUGAGGCAGUUGCUAGAGCUUUGGUAAAACUUGGAAAGGAUAGGCCAGGUUGCAAAUUGGAAAUGGUCAAGGCUGGUGUAAUUGAGAGCAUUCUAGAUAUUCUGCAUGAUGCUCCAGAUUUCCUUUGCAUUGCUUUGGCAGAAAUGCUUCGGAUUUUGACAAACAAUGCUAGCAUAGCUAAAGGUCCAUCGGCAGCCAAAGUAGUCCAGCCCCUUUUCUCUUUACUAUCCAAGGCAGAUAUUGGUCCUGAGGGGCAGUACAGCACUUUGCAGGUUCUUGUGAAUAUUUUAGAGCAUCCUGAAUGCCGUGCUGAUUACAAUUUGACACCCCGGCAAACUAUUGAGCCAGUCAUUUCUUUACUGAAUUCCUCUCCGCCUGCUGUCCAACAAUUAGCUGCAGAACUCCUAUCACAUCUUAUUCUAGAAGAGAACCUCCAGAAGGACACAAUAACGGAGUUGGCCAUCCCUCCUCUAAUUCAAGUUCUUUCAUCGGGUUUGCCAAACUUGCAGCAAAGGGCUAUAAAAGCUCUUGCUAACCUUGCAUUAGCUUGGCCAAAUACGAUUGCAAAGGAGGGUGGUGUUUUUGAGCUGUCCAAGGUGUUGUUGCAAUCUGACCCUCCUUUGCCUCAUGUUGUAUGGGAAUCUGCUGCAUCUGUCUUGUCUAGCAUAUUGCAGUACAGUACUGAGUUUUUCCUUGAGGUGCCUGUUGCAGUACUAGUGCAGUUACUCAGAUCAGGAACAGAAAGUACUGUCGUUGGUGCACUGAAUGCAUUGCUUGUAUUGGAGAGUGAUGAUUCGACAAGUGCGGAGGCAAUGGCUGAGAGUGGUGCUGUGGAAGCUUUGCUGGAUCUCUUGAGGAGUCAUCAGUGUGAGGAAGCUGCUGCCAGACUCAUUGAAGCACUUCUGAACAAUGUAAGAAUAAGGGAGGCGAAGGCUGCUAAAAAUGCUAUUGCACCUUUGUCCAUGUACCUUCUGGAUCCUCAGACACAAUCUCAACAAGGAAGGUUGCUUGCUGCUCUUGCUCUUGGAGAUCUUUUCCAAAAUGAGGGUCUUGCUCGUUCUACUGAUGCUGUUGCCGCAUGCCGUGCUCUAGUAAAUCUUCUUGAAGACCAGCCAACUGAAGAGAUGAAAGUGGUAGCCAUUUGUGCCUUGCAGAAUCUAGUGAUGUAUAGCCGAGCAAAUAAGAGGGCAGUUGCAGAAUCGGGUGGCGUCCAGGUUCUGCUGGAUCUUAUCAGUUCAAGCAAUCCUGAUACCUCUGUUCAGGCAGCUAUGUUUGUUAAACUUCUAUUCAAUAACCACACUAUCCAAGAGUAUGCCACUAGUGAAACAGUCAGAGUUAUAACUGCUUCAAUUGAGAAGGACAUAUGGGCAUCUGGGAGUGCUAAUGAGGAGUAUCUUAAGGCUCUUAACGCUCUACUUAGUAACUUCCCUCGCUUAAGGGUCACUGAACCUGCUACCUUAUGCAUUCCUCAUCUUGUAACAUCUCUCAAGACUGGUUCUGAGGCAACCCAGGAAGCUGCACUGGACUCACUGUAUCUUCUUAGACAAGCAUGGGGAGCUUGUGCAGCAGAAAUAUUUAAAGCUCAGUCAGUUGCUGCCUCAGAGGCUAUUCCGCUACUUCAGUACUUGAUACAGUCUGGCCCACCUCGGUUCCAAGAAAAGGCAGAAUUGCUUCUUCAGUGCUUGCCUGGUACUUUGACAGUUACUAUAAAGCGUGGCAACAAUCUAAGGCAAUCAGUUGGAAAUCCUAGCGCAUUUUGCAAGCUUACUCUUGGAAAUAAUCCGCCAAGGCUGACAAAGAUUGUCUCAACUGGUGCAACACCUGAAUGGGAUGAAGCCUUUGCGUGGGCGUUUGACAGCCCUCCAAAGGGGCAGAAGCUUCAUAUCUCCUGCAAAAACAAUAGCAAAUUCGGAAAGAAAUCAUUUGGUAAGGUGACAAUCCAGAUCGAUCGGGUUGUCAUGCUGGGCUCCGUUGCUGGCGAAUACACCUUGCUACCAGAGAGUAAAAGCGGUCCUAAUAGGAACCUGGAAAUUGAAUUCCAAUGGUCAAACAAAUGACAAGUAUCUACAUAGUUAGGUUAUCUGUGUAAGUUAAAAUCCAUAAGAAGUUGAGAGAGUGUUCUUGUUUUCCAUACUCUGCUAUAAACGUUACCAUAUUUGUGCAUCAGUGUAAAUAGCCUGCAGAGAAAUUUGUCGUUUUGUUGUACCUUUCUGUGAGAUAAAAGAGAACAGAUGAGUCAUAUUUUGUACUGAUUGUAAUGAAUUGAUUCAUUUUUUUCCACGGGAUUUUUAUUUGUAAAUGGUGUAAAUGCUUCCGCACUCCUAUAAGCUGCACGGAUCUUAAAGUCAAUUAAAAAGGUGUAUGUUUGUACUGAAA